ACGUAUGGAGAUGAGGUUUCAAAACAUUCAAUUAGUCCAGAUAAACAAUAGCAGAAGAUGUCCGGUCGUCAAGGUGGUAAAGCCAAGCCAUUGAAAGCUCCAAAGAAGAAGCAACAAGAUUUUGAUGAUGAUGAAGUAGCCUUCAGAGAAAAGCAAAAAGCCGAUGCUAAAGCUAAAAAAGAAAUGGCCGAAAAAGCAAAGGGUAAAGGUCCUCUUUUACUGGGUGGUAUCAAGAAAAGUGGUAAGAAAUAACCCGGCCAUGCUAUCCUGUUAAGAAUAUACUGCAACAGAAACCCAGGAAAUAUUUUUGAUCUUUAUUUUUAAGAAACACUUAAUUUACCCUUAAUGUCCUGUAGUACUUCUUCCCCGUAUCGUUGUAAUGCUGGGAACCCUCUUCCCAGCUUAAUCCUUUUAGUCUUCAAUUUCGGCUGCAUAAAUUAUGUAUACAGGCGGUUGACUUUAGUAUCCAGACACCUGAAUGACUGCUAAA